CUGUGCGCCGUCUAUGGGCUGAAUUUUCUCGACUGUGACGGAACCAUGCGGCAGGACAACUACGCCGCGUUCAUCAGCGAUGGCCACAACAACCUCGAGCAGCUGCCGGCGCUGAUGCAGGACUGCCUGGCCAAGGUGCACGGAACGAUCGAGGAUAAGGCCUUUCAGGUUAUCCAGUGUUUGUGGGCGUCCAGAACGUUCAAGAAGUGUUACGCUUGGGUGGCUUUUUCACACAGCCAACACACGUGCGGCUUCGGCUUCGGAAACCGGAACCUAGGGCACCACGGAAAAUUGCGAAAAAGAACCUGCCGCAGUGAUCACAGCAGUGAAAGUUUGACCCAGUGCACUGACACAGGGCAUUGA